GGGAACAGCGGCACUGGGCGGAGAUCGAAGAGGCUUGGCGUUCCAUGGAGAUGGAGAAGCCGGCGGUCGACGUCAAGCGGUGGAGCUGGGCGAUCAGUGCGGUUCUCGCCGCCGUCGUGUUGACCGCGCCGCCCCUCGUCAUCCUCCUCGGCGGCCGCAACUUUGGAGUGCCGGGGGUUUGGAUCCAGACUGCCGUCGCCGGCUUACGCAAAGGUUCAAGUGAUCUCACCUUGCGCCACGACGACAGGCUUCUCGGCGGCCUACUGGUUGACGGUUUCGACGAGGAAUCCUGCCACAGCAGGUACCAAUCCGCCAUGUACCGCCGGAACCCCGGCAGGCGACCCUCCCCGUACCUCAUCGCCAAGCUGCGGCGGCACGAAGCUCUGCAACGGCGGUGCGGCCCGGGCACCGCGGCCUACAGCGACGCCCUAGAGCAGCUCAAGUCCGGCAAGAGCGUCGCGUCGCCGGAAUGCAGGUACAUAGUCUCCCUGCCGUACCAGGGCCUCGGGAACCGGAUCCUCGCCGUCGCGUCGGCGUUCCUGUACGCGCUGCUCACCGACCGCGUCCUCCUCAUCGACCCCAGCGACGGCAUGGACGAGCUGCUCUGCGAGCCGUUCCUCGGGGCCACGUGGCUGCUGCCACCGGGCUUCCCGCUGGCAGGCUACGCCACCUUCAGCAACGACACCGCCGAGACCUACGGGAACAUGCUGAGGAACAAGGUGAUCGGGGCUGACGCCGCCGCCGACAUCUCGCCGGCGCAAACGCCCGCGUUCGCGUACGUCUACCUCCACAGCGACGCGAGCGCCCAUGACAAGAACUUCUUCUGGGACGAAGACCAGAGGCUGCUCCGCGACAUCCAGUGGCUGGUGAUGAGGACGGACAACUACAUCGUGCCGGGGCUGUUCCUCGCGAACGCGUUCCGGGGGGAGCUCGACCUGAUGUUUCCGGAGCCGGACGCCGUGUUCCACCACCUCGGCCGGUACCUCUUCCACCCGACCAACCACGUCUGGGGCCUCGUCACGCGCUACCACAACGCCUACCUCGCCGGCGCCGCGCAGCACGUCGGCAUCCAGGUGCGCGUCUUCGGCGCCCAGCCGAACUCGCCGGAGCUCCUGGAGCAGAUCACCUCGUGCACGCAGAGGCACAAGCUGCUCUCCGAAGUGCUCGCCGCGGGAGAGCCGAUGACGAUGCCGCCGCCGCUGGCGUCCCGUGCCAAGUCGAAGGCCGUUCUCGUCACGUCCCUCAAGCCCUGGUACCACGAGAAGCUCAAGAGCAUGUACUGGGAGCACGCGGCGGCGAACGGGGAGGUGGUGAGCGUGCACCAGCCGAGCCACGAGGAGUUCCAGCGCUUCGGCGUCAGGUCGCACGACGCCAAGGCGUGGGCCGAGAUCUACCUGCUGAGCCUGGCCGACGCGCUGGUGACCACCAGCCAGUCGACGUUCGGGUACGUUGCGCAGGGGCUUGGUGGCCUCAGGCCGUGGGUGAUGUACAAGCCGGACAACGACACGACGGUGCCGGACCCACCGUGCGGCCGGGCCGUGUCGAUGGAGCCGUGCUUCUUCGCGGCGCCGAACUAUAAUCUCUGGAAGAAGCAAUGGUUGGACGCCAGUACGAUUGUGCCACACGUCCAGCGAUGCGCCGACUUCGCCUGGGGAGGCCUGAUGCUGGUUGGUCGGAACGAAUAGGUUGGAGUUGUGCUACGAGUAUUUGUUGAAGAUAUACCGUGUGACGAUUAUGAAGAUGAUCUUCCAUGUUUAUGUACUUCUGAAGAAGUAGA